AUGUCUACCGAUAGUAGAAAAAAUUGUAAAGAAUCUAAUGUUAUCAUAAAUUUUGAUCGUGAUUGGAAAGUUUUAGAAUUAAUUAAUCAAACACCAGAUAAAGAUUGUUUUUCAAUAAAUUAUAAUGAUAAUCAUUGGAAAAAUAUUGAUUUACCUCAUUAUGAAAUAAAACAUGAUUCAUCAACAUAUUGGUAUCGUAAACGAUUUGAAUGGAAACAUAAAUCAGAUACUCAUGAACAUAUUUAUUUAAAUUUUACUUUAAUUGAAUAUUAUAAUAAAGAAUUAAAUCAUAUUAAAAUUCCAGGAAUAAUUAUAUGGUUAAAUAAAUCUCCUGUUUGUUUUGGUACAUUUCCACAAGAACCAAUAGAAAUAACAUCAUAUUUACAAACAGAUUCUGAUAAUAUUAUUGUUAUUUGUUCAUCAGAAGGAUAUUCAUUUUCAUUAUAUCCACAAAUACUUCUAUCACAUAUGUAUAUUGGUCAAUUAAAUUAUAAUAAAUUUGAUAAAAAUACAUUAAAACGAUAUCAUGAAAAACUUGAUUAUACAGCAAGUUUUGAUGAUUCUCAUGGACUUAUUGAUAUUUCUAUUGGUUCCAUAGAAAGACUUGAUAAUGAAAAAUUUCAUUUAGAUGAAGAUAAUGAUUGGGUAAAUUUAUCUAUGAGUGAUAUUGAUGAAGUUAAAGAAACAUUAAAAAUUGGUCCUGUACCACGUCUUGCUAUAGUUAUUCUUAUUGUUGGUACACGUGGAGAUGUUCAACCAUUUAUUGCAUUAGCAAAAACAUUACUUAAUCAUGGUCAUCGAGUACGUCUUGCUACACAUGAAAAUUUUCGAAAAUUUGUUCGUGAAAAUGGUAUUGAAUUUUAUCCAUUAGCUGGUGAUCCAGCUGAUUUAAUGUCAUUUAUGGUUAAAAAUGCUGGUAUUGUUCCAUCAGUUAGUAGUAUUGUAGCUGGUGAUAUUGCAAAAAGUCGUCGUAUUAUUGGUGAUAUUCUUAAAUCAACAUGGAAAGCAUGUACAGACAAUGAUGAUGAAACUGGUGUACCAUUUAUAGCUGAAGCUAUUAUUGCUAAUCCACCAUCAUAUGGUCAUAUACAUUGUGCACAAAAAUUACAAAUUCCACUUCAUAUGAUGUUUACAAUGCCUUGGUCACCAACAGGUGCUUUUCCACAUCCAUUUUGUAAAGUUAAUAAUGAUAUUGGACCACCCGAACGUCUUAAUCGACUAUCUUAUGAUGUUGUUGAAAUGUUGACAUGGUCUGGUCUGCGUGAUCUUAUUAAUGAAUUUCGCGAAGACGUUCUUCAACUGCCACGUUUACAUACUCACACAGCAGUUCAUGCAAUGAUUUUAGAACAUGUUCCGCAUACAUAUUGUUGGUCACCCUCAGUUGUUCCUAAACCAUCUGAUUGGCCUGAAUAUAUAAGUGUAUCUGGUUUUUUCUUUCUUGAUCUUGCAAAAAAUUAUAAAGCACCUGAAAAUCUUGUUCGAUUUCUUGAAUCUGGUGAUCCACCAAUUUAUAUUGGUUUUGGUUCUAUUACUGGUCAUGAUUCACGUCGAAUUUUACAAAUUGUUUUAGAAGCUUUGAAUUCAACAGGAUAUCGAGCUUUAUUAUCUGGUUUAGCUAAAGAUGAUGAUAAACUACCUGAUAAUGUUUUAAAAAUUGAUAAUUGUCCACAUGAUUGGCUAUUUCAAUAUGUGGCUGCUGUCUGUCAUCAUGGAGGUGCAGGUACAACUGCUGCUGGUCUUCGUGCUGGAAAACCAACAAUAAUUGUUCCAUUUUUUGGUGAUCAAUUUUUUUGGGGAACAAUGAUUUGGAAAAGUGGUGCUGGUGCACGACCUAUUCCUGGUAAACGUUUAAAUGUUAAUGAAUUAAUUGAAGCAUUUAGAACAGUACAUGAAUCAGAUAUACGUGAAGCUGCUCAAAAAUUACAAAUUGCAUUUCAACAUGAAUAUGGAUGUGAUACAGCUGUUCAAUCAUUUCAUGCUAAUUUACCAUUAAAAAAUAUGCAAAGUGAUCUAGAACCAUCAUUUGGUGCAUGUUAUUAUUUAAAAGAUUAUAAUUUAAAAAUUUCACGUCCUGUUGCACAAGUACUUGUUAUUGCUGGUGUAAUUAAAGAUUCACAAUUAAGUUUACAUUCGACUUAUAAUUGGGAUAAAUUAUCAAAUGAUAAUCGUUCUCAUUUGUCUACACUUGGUAUAUUAAGACAUGGACAAAAAGCAUUAAAUUGUUUAUUUGUUGAUACACCAAAAGGUUUAAAACGUGCAAAAAGUGCAAAUAAUCUAUUAACAGGUGCACGUGAAGGUGCUGAAUGUAUUCUUAAAGGUGUUGGAAAAAGUGUUGGAUAUGCAUCUAUUGGUUGUUUAUCAUUUUAUGGUGAUGUAACUGAUGCACUUGAACGUUUACCGAAAUUAUAUGAUCCAUAUUCUGAUUGUGAUGAACAUCAACGACCACAAGUCGAUGAUUUUCAAUCUGGAGCUAAAGCUGCUGGACAUUCUGUAUUGCAAGGAUUUAAAGAUGGUAUAACUGGAUUCGUAAAUAAACCUCGAACGGGUUUUCAACGACAUGGAAUAUUAGGUGGUGCAGCUGGUGCAGCUAUUGCUAUACCAAAUAGUAUUAUUAAACCUGUUGCUGGUACACUAGCUUCAAUAACUUGGUUAAGUCGAGGUGUUUAUGCUGAAGCAAAACAUUUAAAACAUAGAAAUGAUUCCGAUUCGAAUAAUACAUUAUUAUCAUUAAGUCCUAAUCGAUAUAAACAAUUAUUAUCUCGAUCAAUGUUGGAUGAUGAUAAUACAUCAUUAGAAUAUCGAGCUUCGAUUGAAUCAGGUUUAACAAUUGAUAAAUGCAAAGAAAUUUUAGUUGAAUUUGAAAGAAUUAAAAAUGAAUAUGAUUCAAUGACAUAUAAAAAUGAUGAUACAACAAUACAGAAAAAAGAAAAAAAAUCAAGAAAAAUAUUUCAACGACAACGUAGUCGUUCGACUAAUUUAUAA